CGCCCACCGGCCAGUGCGGCGCGCGGCGGGGCGGCGUCCGCCAUCUUGCAUCGGUGUGUGCUGCCGGUGCGGAGCGCUCCGGAGCGGCGAUCUCGCGUUUGGACGGCGCCGGGCGCCGGACGUGUCCGCCGCGAUGGACAACAUGGCAAGCCCAGGUAAAGAUAACUUCAGAAUGAAAAGCUACAAGAAUAAUGCACUUAAUCCCCAAGAAAUGCGCAGGAGAAGAGAAGAGGAAGGAAUCCAGCUUCGGAAACAGAAAAGAGAAGAGCAGCUGUUUAAACGCCGAAACGUGUCUCUUCCGGGAAAUGAAGAAUCCAUGGUAGAAAGCCCAAUUCAAGAUCCUGAUGUCAGUUCUACUGUUCCUAUUCCAGAGGAAGAAGUUAUUACUGUAGAUAUGGUACAGAUGAUUUUUUCAGAUGAUCCUGAUCAGCAACUCACAGCAACUCAGAAAUUCAGAAAAUUGCUCUCUAAAGAGCCUAAUCCACCUAUAGAUGAAGUCAUUCAAAAACCAGGAGUAGUACAGAGAUUUGUGAAAUUUCUAGAAAGGAGUGAAAAUUACACUCUACAAUUUGAAGCAGCUUGGGCUUUGACAAACAUAGCAUCUGGAACUUUCUUACACACCAAAGUUGUAAUUGAAACUGGAGCUGUUCCCAUUUUUAUUAAGUUGCUUAGCUCAGAACAUGAAGAUGUACAGGAGCAGGCAGUUUGGGCUCUUGGGAACAUUGCUGGUGAUAAUGCAGAAUGCAGAGACUUUGUUUUGAACUGUGGAAUAUUGCCACCUCUCUUAGAAUUGUUAACAAAUUCAAAUCGUCUUACAACAACUAGAAAUGCAGUCUGGGCACUCUCAAAUCUUUGUAGAGGAAAGAACCCACCUCCAGACUUCAGUAAGGUUGCUCCUUGCCUAAAUGUUUUAUCAAGGCUGUUGUUUAGCAGUGACCCGGAUGUAUUAGCAGAUGCUUGCUGGGCCCUCUCUUACCUUUCAGAUGGUCCCAAUGAUAAAAUUCAAGCUGUUAUUGAUUCUGGAGUGUGUCGGAGAUUGGUAGAGCUGCUUAUGCAUAAUGAUUACAAGGUGGUAUCCCCUGCAUUAAGAGCAGUUGGAAAUAUUGUUACUGGGGAUGAUAUCCAAACACAGGUGAUUCUAAACUGCUCUGCAUUACCGUGUCUCUUGCACUUGCUUAGUAGUCCCAAGGAAUCUAUCAGAAAAGAAGCAUGCUGGACUGUUUCUAAUAUAACUGCAGGAAACAGAGCUCAGAUUCAGGCAGUUAUAGAUGCAAAUAUUUUUCCAAUAUUGAUUGAAAUUCUCCAAAAAGCUGAAUUUCGCACCAGAAAAGAGGCAGCAUGGGCCAUAACUAAUGCAACAUCAGGAGGAACCCCUGAACAGAUCAGGUAUUUGGUAGCACUAGGUUGUACUAAGCCUCUUUGUGACCUCCUGACUGUGAUGGAUUCAAAAAUAGUACAGGUGGCUUUAAAUGGACUCGAAAAUAUUCUACGUCUUGGAGAACAAGAGUCGAAGCAAAAUGGAAUUGGCAUUAAUCCUUAUUGUGCCCUCAUAGAGGAAGCCUAUGGACUUGAUAAAAUUGAAUUUCUUCAGAGGCAUGAAAACCAAGAGAUCUACCAAAAGGCUUUUGAACUCAUAGAACAUUAUUUUGGUGUCGAAGAAGAGGACUCUAGUAUUGCACCUCAGGUGGAUGAAAGUCAGCAGCAGUUUGUGUUUCAACAGCAGGAGGCUCCAAUGGAGGGGUUUCAGCUCUAAACUACUGAAGUGAAUAUAAGCAUAAAAUUUAAA